AUGCUAAUCGCUUCCAAACCGCAGGACGAAAGCAACAAACCCGGAUGCGAAAAGGAGGAAAACCACUACGUGCCCAACGAAAGCAGUGACGCCUUUUACUACUACAAGCAUAUUUUGAAAUUGCAGAAGAAGAACCGACUAAGGGUGACGAAAAACAGAAUGCCCAGCAUGCUGUACUACUGCCUGAACAAUUGCAGCGACAUGACGUGUGCGGAAAUUUCAGGCCUUGAUGGAUCCUUUGUCGCCACGGCGCAUUCGAAUAACAUAAUCAAGUUGUGGAACAUCAAACAGUCCCAAGCGAACAAAAUAAGAAAAAAAAAAAAAGAAAUGGAAAAGAUUAAUAAAGGGGACAUAAACGAUACGAUGAAAAGGAGACAUUAUCAUUUAGAAGAAAAUAAUGCCACGUCCAUAGACUUAGAUUAUGAUGAAGAAAAUGAUGGAAUUUGCAAAUUGUAUGGAAAUAUUCAUAACGUUACGAGCCUACGUUUUGGUGAAUCGAAUAAAAUAUUACUAUCGGGAAAUGUUAAUGGGGAUGUAUAUCUCUACAGCACUGUAAGUAAUAAAAAUUAUGUCAAGUAUGUGGGUGGGCACACACCUAUAUGGUCUCUCGACACGGCCUUCUUAGGCUACUUCUUUUGCUCCAGUGAAGAUGAUGGCAAUUUGAGGAUCUACUCCACCAACAGAACAUACCCCUUUAUUACUUACACGUAUAACUGCCCAGGAAACGUUUCCAAAUAUCACUACAACAGCACGCUUGUGGCUUGUGGCUACUACGGUAAGCGCAUCACAGCGUGGGGUAAGGGUCAAGACAAUUCUGCAGAUAUCCAGCACAGUGGCGGCCGCUCGAGUCUAGAGGGCCCGCGGUUCGAAGGUAAGCCUAUCCCUAACCCUCUC